AUGAUGCCAAUCAAAUACACGGGUGAUUGUGAUGAUAAGGACUGUGGCAAGAAUGCCGCCGCCACAUUUGUUCGCGAUUAUUUCGACCAGAACCCGAUCAGUCAGUUGGGCAUCAUCGUUACAGCCGAUCGUCGAGCCGAACGAUUGACGGAGUUGUCUGGUAAUCCGCGGUGUCAUUUGUCUGCGCUGGAUGCCCUAUACUCACGCACUUGUUCCGGUGAGCCAAGUCUGCAAAAUGCCCUCCUGUUGGCCGAGUCUCGUUUGAAAUACACCCCACAUCACAGCGAAAUUAUCGUGCUCGUGGCCAAUCUGACCACCUGCGAUCCGGGUGAUAUUCAUCAAACCAUUCAAAGUUUGGCCAGCAAUCGGAUACGCUGUUCCGUAAUCUCACUGGCCGUGGAGGUAUUCAUCUAUCGUGUACUGGCCCAAUUGACUCAAGGUUCAUUCCAUGUGAUUCUGGACGAAUUACAUUUAAAAACUGUUCUGAAAGAUUUAGUUCCUCCACCAGUCGCCUCGGCAGAAACGGAUGCCACACUGAUACGUAUGGGUUUUCCGCACUCAGAGACAUUCGAUUUGGAUCGAUUUUCAACCAAACGAUGCAUUUGCCACUUGAAUACACUAAGCAGCGGGACAGAUACGGCACGAGGCAUCAGCACACAUCCGCAAUACGCCUGUCCUCGAUGUCGUGCAGCCUAUUGUGAAUUGCCAAUCGAGUGCACUGUUUGCGGUUUGACACUGGUCGCUGCUCCGCAUCUGGCUCGAGCCUAUCAUCAUUUGUUCCCGUUGGACAACUUCGAAACUGUUCAACCGAAUCAGUCAAGCGAUUCACAACACGAUGCAGCGAAUUCGAAAACAGCCAGUGCGGAAGAUACUUGGUGUACCGGUUGUGCUGUCCGACUUCCCAAAUCGCUUCCGGUGAGUUGCAUAGUACACUCAAUCUCCUGCUCUGCCGAACCGAUAACAGGUCGCAUGUUCUCACUCUUUAACGAACCCAAACCAAGUGUAUGGGUUGUAACCGUAACGUUGUACCGUAGGUCUUGA